AUGAGACGAUACAUAACUAUAGCUGCCCCGACUUCACCCACUCACUAUCUUGACAACCCAAACCACAAUACUGAUAUACUAGACGUAGCUAUUCUCAAAACAGAGAAACUAAGGUAUAAAAUAGAAAAUCUCAUAGCCAAACUUUCUUCUGAUCACACCCCUAUCAUUAUUGAACUACAAGCCCAAGGCACUCAAACCCUACCACAAAAAAUUUUUAAACAUACAAAUUGGACCAAACUCAAUCUUGAUACUAAAAACAUAAGCUUUGCUCUCAAGAAAAUGCAAGCUUCAGAACACGUUGACCAAACCAUCACUGAACUCACAACAAAAAUAGCUGUCCCCGUAAGCAGUAACACCCAUGUUACCAAUCCAAAAGAUCAAACCCGCAACCUGCCCAUUAACAUCCCAAACGGAAUCCACAAAAAACGUAAACUGAAAAAAAACUGUCAACAUACAAGACAUCCAGAUGUGAAGACGCUACUCAACAGACAAACAGCAAUAGUCCAUGACCUAAUACAUUCACACAAGGACAACGAAUGGGUCAACUUUCUGAGCAACAUCGACUCUCACAAGUGA